UAGUUCCGUUAUUAGCAAAAAGAAGAGCAAAAGCCCGAAAACAAAUUAAUUAUUUUCUAGAACUUGUAAUAUUUAACUCAUUCAAUAUGGAGUUACGCAGCCGAUCUAACAAGAAAUUGGUGGACUUCCUUAAGAGCGCAGGCGUUUACGAGUCCGGCAUGGAAAUCGAGGAGAUGCGCGAAUUGGCCAGAGUCAUGGAGAACUCGAACACGGAUGACCAGGAUCUGGAAAGGGCUUUACAGGAGAGUGAGUUGGAGUUUUUGUCCGCGCAACCAAGUGCCUUGCACAACUCCACGAUGAUCAUGUCGCCGCAAGUGCCCAGAAGAAAUUCCUCAAGUUUGGACAGUCCGCCCAGCAAGCCCGUCCGCUUGACCAUUCGGGCCUUGGUGCAUCAUGCCAUGGACUGGAGUCCCACGGCCGAAGAGCGACUUCCGGCUCGAAAGCGAAGAGCUGGCGACCACAUCCAGGACAUCGAACAGGAUGGCAAGCGCUUUAGACCACCAGUGAUCGGUGAUGGCCAUGAGGAGGAUCAGCAGCAGAACCACAAUCCCGAUGCCACGCCCGUUUCGCCCGGCCCCGACUUAGAUUCGGGUGUCAGCUGGGAGGAGGAGGUGUCGCUCUCCAGCGUUAGCGAUGCCACAUCCACAUCCAUGCCCUCCAUUGGCGAAAUGCCCGAUCGUCACUUGAUCAGCACCAGCAGCGCUGCAGUCUCCGAUUUCUCAGAUGUUAACGAGCAUAGCCACGAUUAGCUCAAUAUUUUGUGAGUGCCAGACUUUUCGUUAACCGAAAGCAGCACCACAAUUUCGGAAAAAUUACGCAUUCAUUAAAGCUUUAAAUAAUGUCAAUCGCCGAAUAUCGAAUAUGUAACCUGUUACCUGUUAUAAUUUUCAGUUUGCCUUCAGAGAACAGCACGAUAUAAAUUUAGUGUCCUAAAUAAAUGUACAACUCUUAUUUUUGUGCCUUAGAAUAAAAACGCAUUCAUUAUAUCUAGCUUUAAAAA